GACUUUGUGAGGAAUAGAGGAUGGCCGACCAUGUUACAUUAUUAUAUGUAGUUGGCCAAGUCGACGAUAUUGUUGCUGGCAUUAGUGUUGAUUCGAAAAGUCAGUGAGUUCAUACUUCGUGAGGUACGUUAUUUGUAAGCUGGGGGCUUUGGUAACUCUAAACUACAAUUGGUAAUUCUAAAAAACUAAAUAAUUAUUAUUUCUAAAAUAUUAAGUAAAAAAGCAACGACGAGUCUGUCUCAUCGAGUGAAAUUAUUUAAUCUAAUAACUUUUAGGUAGGGAGUUCCGAAUUAGGUGUAAAAUAAUACGAAAUAUUGAGAAAAGGAGAGAGAAAGAAAAUAAUACGAGCCACUCUACGCUAAAAAAAACUUGACUACUGUACUAUCUGUAACUAACUAUUAUUGUUAUUAUUGUUAUUAAGAUAAAGCAUCUCUGGACUGGAUUGUAACGAAACCAAACCAUCUCAAUCUUACCGCGAGGUAGGGACAAACAAUUAUUUAUUGUUAAUUGUUCACCACUACUUUUCUAUACUGUAUGUAACUAACUAUCACACACUACACACUCUCUCUGCUACAUUUACUAAUUGCGGUAGGGAAUUUGUGCGGUCACAGAAAUUUCGAAUCACAAACCAACUCCGUAUUACUGCUGGCUAACGACGAGAGUCAGGAGCAGGAUAGUAGGAAGGCAAAGAAAUAUACUAUUUUUGGAAAUUGUUACUAAAUAAGUCACUACUUAAGUAGAUAAGGAAAAUAACGUCAGCGUUUAGUCGUUGUUGUUGUUGAUGAUAAGUCCGAUCCGAAGUACUCAGAAAAAGUUCAACAUUAUUCAUAUUUAGACUUAAUAACGAAGGAAGAAGAAGAAGAAGGACGGAAAGUGCUCCCUAGAAUAUAAUACAUACGUACGUACUAUAGUAGUUAAGUAAUAAGAGACGAAUUAAAAAAGGACAGAGUUAAUUAAGGAACGAGGAAAACAGUUUUUUUUUCUUUUUCAACCCAAAAACGAGUGAAACGAGGAUUUUUUUUAAGGUAGGACAGAGGCAGGCAGACAGGUAGAUAAACGAAAAAGACCCCACUACUUGAUUCAUUUCCACUUUUAUUCAUCCCUUUUGGGGCCAUAGAGAAGAAGAAAAGGACGAAGCAGAGAGAACAUACCAAGGACUAAUUAAGUAAACCAAGUGUUUUAUUGUUAUCCUAGUUCGUAAUUGAAACUGAGUAUGCAAAAGCAAUUGUGAUGUCCGAAAUUCACCAUUCACAACUCUCCUACAAGCUUAUCGAGUAAGUUACUGCGGAAAUUAUAACGCAUAUUAUUAGAUACUCUACUCACUCUUGUAGAGCUAUCGUCGUCAUCCUCUCGUUUCAUCGUCGUCAGUAUAAAAGCAGAGAGCAUCUGUAAGCGAGGUGCACUAAACACACACUACUAUAUACGUUAUAUGAUUGAUUGAUUGUAGUAGGAAAUUUCGACUCGGCGACUCGAUAACUGUAAUAAGUUGAAAUUUUGUAACAGGGACACUAGGGAACUUUCGCAACUUACUGUGAUAUUUGUAAAAAGUCAUAAGAGACUCUGGAAACUCUUGCAUUAAAACAAAACAAGUAAUCUAAGCAACUUAAGAUAAUAAAACUGAGCCGGCUAAAAAACACUACAAGUGCAUCCAUAUUAUACUACUGUUAUAAUAAUAAUACGCUAAAUAUAUAAACAUAUAUAUAUAAUUAGAAAAAGUAAGCGAUAAUAAAAUGCUGGAGGAGUAGGACAGCAACAACAAGCAAUGUAUGAGAGCAGGUGCUUAUCAUCGUCGUAGGCCACCACUAUCUGCAUUAUUAUUACAAUAAUAAGAAGAAAUACCUUAGUAGAAGACAGGAAGGAAGGCAGGUAGGCAGGAGGAUUAUACUAGUAGAAAGGGGAGGAAAGUAAGAUAGGAUUAGGACCACCUCAACUGAAACCAAAGCAAAAGAAGAAGAAGGGGAACGUACGAGGCUAAUUUCUAAACGACAUCACCAUCAUCGACAAACCUAAAACCACACCCUUUGCGGACUGAGCUCAAAACAAGUUGACCUGGAUUGAUAUUGAAAGACGAAGAAAGAAGAAGCUACUACUAUUCCGAAACCAAGUCAUUUAGUAAAUUGCAGAAGAAUUGUUUAAAGAACUACUCGGGUUGCCGUUGACCUUAUAUAUGAUUGAUUGCAACAGCAACGAACGACCUUAUUGUCAAAUCAAAAAUAAAUAAAUCAGCUCCAUGUUAAACGAUAUAUGCAAGUCGAAAGAAUAAGUAACGAACUAACUAACUACACAUACAUACGUGACGCGAAACUAACGUCAACCGUUCUGAGUGCCCAUUUUCAUAGGAAACAACCUACCGUUAAGACUUCAACUAUUCUAUUCUUAAAAAAAUACAGCCCAUUUCACUAACCGUGUGAUCAUCACUAUAAAAUAAUAUUUUAAAAAAGAAGAAAAAAAACCUGCUAAAAAACUUUCAAUUGCUUGCCACAGAGCAGUUUGUCUUAUUAGAAGAAUAAACUUUUUAGUAAAACGAUAAGUGAACAAAUCUCUGCAAUAAUCACCACCAUCGUCGUAUUCCAAAUAACGACUCCAGAUACAGAUUCAAAUCUAAACCUAAGUCUUCAAUGUCAAGCUGGAACUUUGGGGGGAGUCGUGGCGUGGGGGCCGAUCCCUCGGGAUUGUUGGACCUCAAGGCCCUCCUCAACCAAGUGACUGGGGGCUCUCUCGGGCCCGUUGGUGGGCUGGGAACGGCCGUCGGAAGUGGGAACCGUUCUCUGGGUGGGGGGUCCCGACUCCAAAAUUCAUCCUCCAUCUAUGGCAAUCAUGGCGGCUGCGGAACUGACUUUGACCUGAUAGGUAACCCUGCCGGCGUGAUUGGGUCGAUGAACAACCAUUCCGGACUGGAUUUGGGGGGCUCUGGAGGGGGAGGUUUCGAUCCGUUCUCGUCCAUGUCUACUUUCGGCUUCUUCAAUCCAAAGGACCCCAAUGGCCAACAACAACAACAACAACACCAACAAAGUAGCAACAGCCAUAACUUGACCGUACACGGGAUGAAUAAGAGUCCUACUUACCAACAACACCAACAACAACAUCAGCAGCAGCAACAACAGCAACAGCAACAAGGGGAAGUUUCUCCAGUUUUUGGCUCAUCCCAAUCUCCAAUCAACUUUUAUGGGGGUGGUGGAAACAACUCUUCCUCCCACAACAACUUCUCAUCCAACUCGUCGGAAUCUAACUAUGCAACUACUAACAAAUUUCCGAUCAGCACCUUCUCCAUUGAUGACACCAUCCCGGGACGAGAGAAUCGCCAGCGAGAGCGAGAGUUACGUGAGCAGCGAGAACUUCGCGAGUUGAACUCUGCAUUUAGUAACUCUGGAAAUGACGACUCUAGCAAUAACUUCCACAUUUCUCAUUUCGGAUCUACUAAUUCGUCCUCCUCCAACAAUUACCGUGAGCGCGACAACGUCUUCAACAAUACCAGCUCUGGAAAUCAUAGCAGUAACAGCAACAACCACACCAACAAUCGCCAGACAAGUGAGCAGGGGGAGGGAACUUCUUUCAAUCAGAAUCAGGGAGUUCGAGAGACUGGAAUCAUUGAGAAGCUUCUGCAUUCAUAUGGAUUUAUCCAGUGCUGUGAGCGACAGGCUCGACUAUUUUUCCACUUUAGUCAAUUUGAUGGAACCAUUGAACAUCUCAAGUUGGGCGACCCUGUGGAGUUUGAGAUGACGUAUGAUAGACGAACUGGGAAGCCUAUUGCUAGUGCGGUCACAAAAAUUGGACCUGAGGUGGUUCUAAGUGAAGAAAGAGUGACUGGUACGGUCACAACAGAGUUGCAUCACGAGAGCAAUGGAGAACUCCAAGGACGGAUCAGCUAUGAAAAUAGAGGAGAGUGCUUUUUCUUGCCCUACUGUCAAGAAGACAUCGAAGGAAAUGUGACUCUGUCCGUGGGAGAUACCGUGAGCUUCCAAAUAGCCACCAACCAGAGAAGUGGAAACUUGACGGCGAGAUAUUGCCGACUGGAAAAUCCAGCACGACCUGUGCGAUACAGGGGGGUAGUUGGAUCCUUGAAGGACAAUUUUGGAUUCAUUGAGAGGGCGGAUGUCGCUAAAGAAAUAUUCUUCCAGUUCUCUGAAACUCGGAUCACUGACAGCGUCACGAUCGGAGAUAACGUGGAGUUCAACAUCGUGACUCGAAGCGGAAAAGAAGUGGCAUGCACUAUCACCAAGUUGCCAUAUGGAACUGUUAGCUUUGAGGAUAUUGGGAUGGACACGUUGAAGGGACAGAUUUUGAAGCCAAUAGACAAAAGUCAAUGUCCAAGUCCUGCUGCUCUUGGUCCCACACCUCGUUCGGAACAAGCUGAGGGUAGGCUUCGUUAUCGUGGACCGGAUCGCCAAGAACUGGAAGUUGUGUUCGGAGAGAAAGAUCAAGUUGGAUUCUUUACUAUGCGACAUGGGGACUGGGUCCAGUUUCAGUUGGCUAUCGAUCGUCGCAAUAAACAACAGAGAGCUACAAAUGUAGUAUUAUUAGAAGAAUCUUUCUCAGUGUCCGGAGAAAGGCGUGAAGAGGGAGUCAUUUCUGGACUAAAAGGAGAUUGUGGAUACAUUACUUGUGCUGAGCGAGAUCAGAAAAUGUACUUCCGCAUUUCAGAGUGCCUGGAAUACAAUCGUCAGCCCAAAAUUGCUGACGAUGUAGAAUUUACUAUUGUUCAAGAUCCCACCAGUCCAGUGCGUCAAUCUGCUAUCCGAAUCAAGCACUUGAAGCAUGGAUCGGUUCAGUUUGAAGUUCCAGUAAGUCAAGGUCUUCACGGAGUUGUUACUCGAGAGCCGUCCACCCCAUGGGUGAGUCAGGAAGCACUUGCUGGGAUUUUACCGUCGUUGUCCAACCUUGGUCUUCCAACCAACUUGACUGAAAGGCUGAUCCAAAGCCUUUCCAGCUCUGAAGUACUCGCCCAGUUAUCCGGCAAUAACGGAAAUGAUGCUCAAGGAGAGCCGGGUGUAAUUCAGUAUGCCGAAGCUAGCGCCAACGGUGGCUGGCCCCGGCAGCAAGAUACCAUUCAAUUCCAUUGGAAAGACUGCAAACAUCUUCGAAACAUUCGGGUCGGUACAAAGAUUGUAUUCGACAUACACCAAGUCCGCCGCAACCGAGAACUGGUGGCAGCUAAUAUACGAGCCGACAAUUCCUGUCCUCUGUCGGAAAGCCCGACCAGUCUACUUCAACAAUUUGCAAAUGCUUCUGCAGCGCCCGGAGGUUUUAACCACGGAUCGUUGAAUACAUGUGAUAUGGGGGCUCUCAUGAGCUCACUUCUUGGAAAUAGCAAUAAUACGGCGGAUAAUACCAUACCAGUUGGAGGAGAUAAUUUAGUUAACGAAAAUCGCAACAACGAUGUCUUUGUUGGAGCAGAAAAGGAGAAUAGCAUCUCGAGUAGCCAAGAGUAUCUGAUGAGAUUCUCUAAUUCUACCCAACACGGUGGCCUAAGCUUUGGAGCGGAUGAACCCGAAAACAAUACUAACGGUUUAUACCGAGAAGAAUCCUGUUCGGACAUUGAUGAAAUUGGACAAGGGGAUAUGUACAUGGUUCGAAAAUCGAGCAGGAGUCCUUCAGACUCUUCUGAUGUCGUUGCCGUAAAUGGAAGUUACAGUGGGUACUCGGAGGACAACCCGUCUCCUCCCCAGUCAACGACUAAAACUCCUCGCGUCGUAAUGAAGGGGUACAUUGCAGCCUUGAAAGAUGGUUUUGGUUUCAUUGAAACUAUGGCCCAGGAUGGGGAGAUAUUUUUUCAUUCAAGCUCCCUGGUUGGAGAUUUUGCAGCUUUGGAAGUUGGGCAGGAGGUUGAAUACGUUGUUAGCAGCAAAGGAAGCACAUCUGGAAAAAAUGCUGCAGAUAUUGUUAAGCCCCUCCCAAAGGGUUCAAUCGGGAGAGCUGCCGUGUUUCCUGACAUUCUUCAAGGCAUUGUUGUUCGACCCCUUCGAGGAGCCAACCCAGACCAAACCGAGUACACUGGACUUAUCGAUGGGCAGGAUGGACAAGCUUAUCCAUUUGGUAUCAUAUCAAUGCUAAACAAGAAGGAACUGCUACAGUCGGGAGAAGCUGUCGAAUUUCAACUGGAUGCUCAAGGAAAACCAGUAAAUAUUCGAGCUAUUCGAAAGAAACUUCGUGCUACUGUUGAGGCAGUUAAAGGCCAAUAUGGAUUCUUGUCGUAUGAGUUGGAAGAUGGGAAAAAAUUAUUUUUCCACAUGUCAGAAGUUAAAGAUCAUCAACAUUUGAAUCCUGGCGAUGAAGUUGAGUUUGUUAUUCUUCAGAAUCCACGAAAUGGAAAGUCAUCCGCGUGCUCCGUGGUCAAAGUCGGGUGCGUAGUACAAAAAAUUAGUGAAAGUCAACGUCCAGAACGCCUUCUGAAUCGUUUGUCAAAGUUGUCGGUGGACGAAUCUGCUCCUAGACUGGUUGUGGUGCGCCAACCUUUCGGCCCUGAUGGCACAAAGGGGUUCGCCCAACCGCGUGUCCCACGCAAACCGGGUGUCUUAAACAUGAGCCGCGACUCAACCAGUAGCGCUGGCAGUCAAUAAUUUAUUAUCAUGUGUAUAAGUGUGUCAGUUGCAUGCAUAAUCUAAUCUUCUACAAUUGCUGUGUGUAAUUGUCGUCCCGUCGCUUUCAUCAUCAUCGUCGUCAACAUCAUCUACUAAAUCCUAAACUACUUUGUCGUCUGAAAAGGUAUCUUCGUUGAACAACUUUUUAGUUUGUAAUAAGAGUAAUCCUACUACUACUACCACUACUUUUGUUUGGAAUUUUAGUCAAUGUCCCACCCAAUUACUACUAAUGGUACAUUACUUUUUUUGUUCGACGUUGAUAAAGUAUGUAAUACAAAUGCAAUCGUAUAUUGGUUGCGUUGCUCCAAGAAAUGAUAAUUAUGAUAAUUAUGAUCUUGAAUCUAAGGUGCUACAACUGAUAGGCUGGAAAAGUUUGUUUGAAUUACGAGUAUGUAACAUAAUGAGUAACGUAGUCACAUCACGUCAUGUCUUUGAUGAUACCGAUAUAAACAAGUGUUCGAAAUGUCUCCGUUAACCUUGAGUACUGCACAUACAUAUUAUUAUUAUUAUAAUUAUUACUAUUAUUAGCCAUUGUCAUCUUUAUGAUAUGUAUCUUAUUAUUAUUAUAAUUAUUAUUAUUAUUUGAGUAACGUGAGUUGGUAUGAAACUGUAGGUAACGUUAAAUGAUUUUUGAAAGAGUGGUUGGAUGGAAAGCGAGUGAGCGUCUAUAUGUGAGCAUUUACCGAUGAUGAUGUAGUUCAUCAGAUUACGAUUCGCUUACAUUACUACACUAUAUGUAUAACAAGUUUUAAAAUCUAAGAACUAGGGAACGUUAAGUAUUUAGAUGUCAAGGUAUAUGUAAGAAAUCUCCAAGAACGGAAAAGACUGCAUAAAAUAAUUCAUCAAACUACAAUACAAAUGAAACUAGAGACUAUAGGUUAAGGUUUUAAUUUAUACAUCAUCAUCUAAAUCUAGCUCAUUUUUGCAACCUAGAGUAUUUCAUUUUUACCAGUAGUUCUCAAAAUUCUUGCUUACUUAUUUUGCAACUGGGUUUCCCCUGUUUAUUAUAUUACUAUAUUUAGGAGAAGGGCAAAUAUGAUAUGUAACCUAAAGAAGAAGCCGUAUCUUUUUGAGAAGACUUGAACCAAUCCCAUACAAUAAUAUUUAAGCCUUUUGUUUUUAUUAAUUAUUUUAGCAGGGAAACUACUGCUUCUUAAAAUAUUGUUCUCUUAUUACUCCAUGUAUAUCCCAUAAAUAUAUGUUGUGCGACAUACAUAUUUAAUAUGCUUCAAGCAGUUAGAUGAUGUUUUUGAUCCGAAUUUUGUGUUGCUACCUGUAAUAUAUGAUAAUUUCUUUAUAUAAGUAGAUUUUGUUUUCCAAAAGAGUCGACAUCAUCCAUCAGCAGAGUAGAUGAGAAAAAACUACUUUGCUGGCUCUUGAAGAAUAAUAUUCAAGAAGAAUUUGCCAAACGCAAUUUGAGCGAUCUAGGUAGAAACGAAAAGUUACUUAUUAAGACAACAUUAAACAAAAUAAGCAACAAUUUGCCUUAGUUAAUUGUCUGACAUGGGCUGCCACAAUCUGUAACGGAAAGUGGGUGUGGCGGCACAGUAUGCAAUUUUUUCAUCCAUACACAUUCUAGCAAAAGUGUGAAUACAUAUGUCGGCGAAAUCAAUCAGUGACCUAUAAAAUACAUCAUAAUAUUUACAAUUUUAGUAAAAAAUCAAAAAAUGUUUUCCAAAGCUGAAUUGUUCUUAUAAAAAAUGUAAAACUUGAGUAAGUACGAAGGAGAGCAGAAGGUGAUUGUAAUAAUGUAAUGUUUCCAAAACUGCAUUCUCUGAAUGGAUAGCUUCUCAGUCUUGGUCCCACAUACAGGCGAAAGACAAUUUUUUUGUUCUUGUCGGUCUGUUUGUGGGACCUUUUCUACUUCCGAUGAUAACGAAUCAAUGUAAAAAUAUCGGUAUUCAGAGAACUGCGGUGCUGAAAUUUUUGUAACUGGGUCGUGAUUGAUUUUAAUAGUCUAUAAUUCCAUUGUAACUAUAUUUAAGAAAUGUUAAGUAUAUUGUACUCAAUACUCUGGACUGGAUAUAAAUACAUACAUGAACAUGAGGAUGAAAAUGAUGGAGAUUUUUUUCCAACUCCACUCCAGACACCAGAGAGAAAGAGAGAACAUUAUUAAUGUCACUUUCGACUUGCCGUCGUCAAAGGCGUUAAUGAAGUUAGGUUAAGGAAAACUACUUUUGCCUACAAGAUAACAUAUAUUAUGUUUACCUUAAUGAGUUACAAGCUGCAGUAUCAAUUUUAGUUUUCUUUAUUAUUCAAGUUCUUGUAUUUUUAUUAGUAAUAUAAUAAGUAAGACCCCAACAAUACUAAAAUGUUAACAAGCAGUGAUUGAAUUCAAAACGGUUAGCAAAGUUGCCAAAGUCUUUUUAGGCUGAUCAAAAACUGAAAAUUACUACUGUUACUCAUGCUUUGGUAACUCAUUCUUUAUUAUUUAUUUAUUAAUAACAUGACUGAAAUCUUUAGCUAAGUAUGUAAGUAAACCAAUUAUGGCAAAAAAAGUUUGGUGAUAAUGCCAACAACAUCAACCAGAAACAGUUGAUACGAUUACAAUAAUAAGCAAGCACUAUAUGAACUAUUAUUAUUAAAAAGUAAGUAAAGUUGACACCCAGACCGUGCUGGUGCGACGUACGUAUGUAUUUACAUGUCGUGUGACAUGCUGAACAAAAUGUAUUUACAAACCAAAUCUUAAUACAUUUCCAAGAAAUGCUUAUUUAAUCCAUUAUUUUAUAACCACCACCCAUUACAUAAUAUAUAUAUGUGUUAUUGUAACAGUAAAGUACGUAACGCGUGAAAUUUAAAACAUGUAGUGAAGGAUCAGUUCAAACAAAAUACUAUGAUUUUAAUUUGAUAGGAUAUGAAUAUUCAGGAUAGUAUUCAGUUAAAUAAAUGACUUUCUUUGCAGACAACCAAAACGCUUUACCCCAAUAUCAAUGUGUAUCACUGAAACAAUCCCAGUUGUAUAUCAAAGUGUUGAAUUGUCCCAGCCCCAUUAUAAAAAUAUGUAAACUAUGGUGUCGAUGACCAACAAAAAGUAAUAAAUCUGCCAAACAAA